CUUAAUCAAGGCUAUUUCUAUAUGACAUUACCGUGUGGAAGGGCAUCUCCGUUGUCUCUUGUGUUCUCCAUGGAUCUUGGGCGAUGCCUCGCGUUUGCGAUCUUCUUCUCGAGUUUGGCGGCUGCGCGAUUGAUUCCAGAGAAAGAAGCAGUGCGCAGUGAUCCUCCCACGGCAUACGAGGAGCUGGAAUCGUUUGGAUUCCCCCCAGGAUUGCUGCCACACACUGUAGUGAACUACACUCUCAAUUCCAAUGGCCGAUUCAGCCUGGCGCUCAACAGGACGUGCUCGGCGAUGCUCCAGGGCACCUAUCUCGUCACCUACAACUCCCAGAUCUCCGGGACCGUGAGCCCACGCUACAUCAAAUCGCUGCGCGGGGUGAGCGUCCGCGCCUUCUUCAUCGACUGGAGCAUCUCGGGCAUCCGCGUGAACCACCAAGAUCUUGUUUUCGAGGUGGGUUUCGCCAGCGCCAAGUUCCCCAUCUCCAAUUUCGAUGAGGCGCCGGAAUGCGAGAAAGAAUCGAUCGAAGUUCCGCCAUCGUCGUCGUCCUCCUCGCGAGCCAGCGCUUAGAAAGAUUUGCCCUAAUUUCUUCGUUCGUCCCAGGGUUCGAAUCCCUGCCCUGUCACAGAUAUAAGAUCAAAGCAUUUUUCUAGGGUUUAUGGUU